GAUGAAUAUUACGGCAGAUUUCAAAAGCGAUCUAGAAAUUAAGAUAGACAAAAAUCAAUGGAUUAAGAGUAAACAUACUUUAGAACAUUUUAUAAGGAAACUUCUGUACCAAAAAGAUGAUUUUUUAUUAUUUUAAUCUAUUUUUUUCUUAUUAUUUAUUUAUAAAUGGCAUUAUUAAGUAUAGCUCUUGUGUAGAAACAAUUAUAUGAAUGAAUUAUCAAUUAAAAAACACAAACUAAUUUUUCAUCCGUUUAUUUAUUUCAAAAUCAAAUUUGGAUAGACCUUCUAAAUGAAAGCACUAUAAGACUUUAAAAGGUCGUACUACAAAACCUAGAGGUACAGAGUAGAAGAGAAAUAUAAAAAUAAGACAAAUAACUAAAUCCUAACAAGAAUUUGAAGAGAGUUAAAAGUAGUAUAAUGUGAUUUAUAUAGUUUAAAAAAGAGUAACUGCGAAGUAAAAUUAGAGAGGAGCAAAAGAUUGUUAAUUUCAAUACAAAGAAACUAAUGGCUUAUAGGAGAAGAACUAUGAGAGCUGUAAAAACAGAGUAAUUGAAACUCGAUAUUGAAUUAUAUUCGUAAAACAAUAAAAGAGAAUUAGAUUCAAAAGAAGCCUUUAUUCAAAUGCUUGAUAAGAAUCUAGACGAAGCUGAAGAUCAAUAUUAAAUUGCUUUAAGGAACCAUCUAAUUCAUUUAGAAAAUUUUCAUUUAUUAUAGGAAAGUAGAAAUAGAGCAUUGUUGGAAGAAUUUGAAAGAGAUAUCAAAAUACUAUAAGAAGAAUUUCAAUUAGAAUUUGAUGAUAUGACAAAAACUCAUAAAUAAUAAGUUAAGGAGUUAGAGGAUACGAUUAAAACAGUAGAAGAGGAAGAGAAAAGAAAAGCAGAAUUAGCUAAGAAUUAACAUUAAACAAAUAGAGAAGAAACAAAGAAUAAGGAUGUGGAAGAUACAAGUUAGAUGAAAUAAUAAUUAGAAGAUAAAUAAACAAAAUUUUAUAAUGAUUUAGAGUAGAUGCAUUAGAAAUAUCAAUCUGAUACUGCAAAGAAAACUGAAGAUCAUACUAAAUAUUAUGAUGCUAAUAAAGAUAUGUCAAAGAAGAUAGAAAGAUUAGUUAGAUCUAUAGCUAGUAAAAAAGCAAAGAUAGAUUUAACUAAAUACAAAAUAUUAUAACAUACUAAAGAAUGUAAUGCUCGAAAUUAGGCUUUGAAAAAAGAAAAAGAAAAUAUUGCUAAAAAUUAUUAAGAUUUGAAAUUGAAAAUGAAUAAAUUUAGAGAAGAAUAAUCAAGAUUAUUAAAAGAAUUAGUAAAUAAUAGUAGAAAUGCUGUUUUAAAAUUAACAGAAUAUAAGGAAUUAGGUGAAAAGAUUUUAAAAACUGCUGAACUUUGUAGAAGACUAGAAACAGAAAGAGAAAAAGUUUUGCCAUUUUAUGAAGAUACAGUUGAUAUGGAAUAAAUACCAGAGAAUUAAACGAAUGAUUUUGAAGUCAUAGAAAAGGGAUAAUACGAAGAGUUUGCUUAUUUAAAUAAUUUUUAUAAGAGAUAUAAUAAGGUAUACAGAUAAUUAUUAUAUAAUUUAAGGUGUUAUUGGAUAUAUUAGCAAUUUAAAAAUAAAAGGAAGCAUUAUAAAAUGAGAGCAAUUAACUAUAAUCCUUACUGAAAUAAUAUUUAGAUGGGUUACCAUGUAAUGAUGAUGUUUUAUCAAAUCCAAAUCCAUUAUUUGUUAAAAACUUUAAUAUUGAUUUAGGAGAAAAAUAAGUGACUGGAGAGUUAUAGUAAACAGUCAUAGAAGGUGUAUUUAAUAUAAGAAGCACUUAGAUGUAAUUGUAAGGGUAAAGAGUGGGACCAUUUUAAUGAUAUUAUAAUUAUUAAUAAUAAUAUAUAUAUGAAUUAAAAAUUAGACAUCUUAAAAUAAGUCAAAAUUCCUCGUUCUAUAAGUACAACAAAUUAGAAAGAUAAAAUGAAGAAAUUGAACAAUUAAUCAAUGUAAACAAUUGUUGAUAAAUUGCCUCCAAUUAAUCCUUAACCUUUGCAACGUAUACAGACAGAAUUGUAAGAUGAAUAGUAAUGUGUCAAAUACGUAACUGCCAAGUUUGAUUAAUUAUCAAAUAUUAUAGAAUUUUAGCAGGGUAAACGAAUAGAAAGAGAUUGAAGAUAAAUUAAGAUA